AUAGUUAAUUGGUAUACUUAGUAGUAAUAUUUUCUUCUCUCCAUGUUUCUCAAUCAUCUAGAACGCAUUCGAAGAAUAGGAAUUGUAGAAUGCAGCGAAGAAUGCGUUCAAACUUUCCUCAAUAGAAUUAAAAACAUAUUAACCGUUCAAAUACACCAGAUAAAAGAACAACCACCUAAAAAAGAAAUAGAAGGAGAAGAAAUCAUGUCAUUCCUCAAUAAUUUCGUGCAAUUAUGUAAACAAAACGAAUUCACGAAUCUCAAGGAAAUUGCAGAAGUUGGAGAAAGUUGGAUCGGCAUAUACAGCGGUGUUUAUGAUACCAUCUACGAUAUUUACGCGAACCUACCGACAAAAGAUGCGUUAGAAAGUAUGGAUCGAGAAUUGGCGACUGCCUUUUUCGAUUACGAAAGCUGUAUACAUUGGGAAGCCGGUUUGAAGACUGGCUACGAUGAACCACUUUAUGACUGGUUGGAGAAAAAUGCGCUGCCACCUACUAAAAACAAGCUUGCCAGAGUUCUCAUGCAAAAUCCAGAUGAACUUCAGUCACCACCACCUGAAUCUCACCCUGUAGAUAUGGUUCAGAUUCUUACGGAUGAAUUGGGACCUGGUAUGGUGGUCGCCAAUCCUGCUCAACCUAAUAAUAACGAUGGACAACAUGAAAGUAGCCAUAUUAAUUACGAAGGUGUUCCACAAUUUUUCCAAUAAGGCGAUGAUAUUUGUAUAAUUGACUUGAAAAUAAAAUUUAGAUUAUUUGAAAAAAA